CAUAAAAAGUCCAGAAAUAGGAGUCACCUUCUGUCCCUGACAGUAAAAUCUACAUUAGAGGGAUAGAUCUGGAGUUUGGACAUUAAGUUGUAUGAACUACCAGUAGUUUAGUGGAUAUAAAGCAGUUAGUUUCCUUUAACAGCUCCGAGCUCUGACUGGUUCUGAUCGUAGAAUAGAAAGUUCCAGCAAGCUGAAAGACUAGUGAGUACACACUCUCGAUCUGAUAGACGAUCAUAAACUCCUCGACUCAUUUCCAUGUUUUGUUUUUCCAGGUCGACAUGUUGUCCAUCCCUGAUCUAAUCAAGAAGAAGAGAGAUGGAGGAGAGCUCACCGACCAAGAGAUCAAAACCUUCAUCGACUCUGUGACAAAAAAAACUAUUCAACAAUGUCAGACAGGGGCCAUGCUGAUGGCUAUCUGGCAGAAGGGAAUGGCCGACAGGGAGACCCAGACCCUGACCAAGGAGAUGAUGUCAUCGGGGGAAGUGAUGUCAUGGCCGAAGGAGUGGGCGGGGCUGAUGGUGGACAAACACUCCACAGGAGGAGUUGGAGAUAAAGUCAGUCUGGUGUUAGCGCCGGCGCUAGCUGCCUGCGGCUGUAAGGUGCCGAUGAUCAGUGGGCGGGGCUUAGCUCACACAGGAGGAACGCUGGACAAACUGGAGUCAAUCCCAGGAUUCAACAUCAGCCAAUCAGGAGCUCAGAUCCAGGAGAUCAUGAGCUCAGUGGGCUGUUGCAUUGUGGGUCAGACGGAGGCGUUGGUUCCUGCAGAUCGGGUCCUGUACGCCCUGCGGGACGCCACCAGCACCGUGGACAGCCUCCCACUGAUCGCUGGCUCGAUUAUCUCGAAGAAAGGAGCCGAGUCUCUGUCCGCUCUGGUUCUGGAUGUGAAGUUUGGACGAGCUGCUCUGUAUAAAGACCUGGACAGCGCUAAAGAACUUGCACAGUUAUUAGUGAGCGUGGGGAACGGUCUGGGCAUGCGGACGGGGGCGGUCCUCAGCUCGAUGGACGCUACGAUUGGUCGAUGUGUUGGGAACAGUCUGGAGGUGAUCGAGUCUCUGGAGACGCUGAAGGGGAACGGACCCGACGACCUGAUGGAGCUGGUCACCACUCUGGGCGGGCUGCUGCUGGUGAUGACUGGCGUGGUGGCUGACCAAUCAGAGGGCAGAAGGAAGAUUUCUGAGGCUGUGAUUGGUGGAGCCGCUCUGUCCAAGUUCCAGGCCAUGAUGGAGCGUCAGGGCGUAGCCAAUCAGACGGCUCGGUCUCUUUGCUCCGCCCACACAGAUUACUACAGUAUCCUGAGGAGAUCUGAGCACCAGAGGGAGCUGGAGGCUCCAGCAGACGGUGUGGUGCAGGACGUCGACGGGUUAACUUUAGCGGAAGUUCUUCAUAAGUUGGGGGCGGGACGAUCGAGGGCUGGAGAAGCUGUCAAUCACAGCGUGGGGGCGGAGCUUCUGGUGUCGCUGGGUCAGAAGGUCCAGAAAGGCGUCCCCUGGUUGCGGCUCCACUACGAGGACCCGUCUCCGACUCCGGAGCAGAUCCUCCGUCUGCAGAACGUUUUGACUCUGGGAACAAACAACAACAAACAAACAGAAAUGUUAGUGAAGGAGACGCUGCUGCCUCCUCGCUGAUGAAGAUGAAGAUGAUGAAGAUGCUCACCUGUCACUCACCUACAGUUUACAGUUUACAAAGUGUCUCUGCAGGUUUUACAAGUGUAACAUAACAAAAUAAAAUAUUGUAAGAACAAAACACAAAGAAAAAGGAGCUUUAAACCUCUGAAGUUAGGAGAU